CGGCGGGCGGACAGACUGGGGAACGGCCGAGAUCUCGGGCUUCCCUGGCGGACCCGAACCCGGCUGCUCGUCUCGUACGAUAGAGGCCACGCCUCGCCUGACCGGGCCCCGAUUUCUUAACUGACUGACGGACGGGCCGGGUGACUGACACGCUGACCGCCCGGGGGCCCGAAGCAUGCAUGGCGCGUGACAGGAGCGGGGUGGACAAGGGCUCAGACACCCGGGCGCCGCAUCCUUUUCUUUUCUACUUUUUCUCCUGCCUCUUCUCCUCCCUCGAAGGACUCGAGCCGGCACACCCGUCAGUUCGGAGCCCGGCGCCACCCGCGCCGCUCCCGGAGUCCCGGGCCUCACCCCCAUCCGCCCCGGGCUCCCCGCCUCUGGCCUCCCGCGCCCCGGGCGCAGGGCCCUCCCAGCGCACGGCCCCGACCUCGGGGGACCCGGCCCAGCCCCGCGCGUCCCUCCUGGGGGUCCCCGGCCUUGCGCGGCGGAGGCACACGGAGGUGGACACGCCCGUCGUAGAGUGCAAGGACCAGGAGCCACCGCAGCUGGGCGACAGCAAGGAGCGGCCGCAGGACGACGAGGGCCGCGAGGAGGAAGCCGGCUGGGGGCCAGCCAGAAGUCAGGUCUCUAGCCCCUCUGUCGCCACCUCCAGUGCCAACCGCCAGCUGAUGAUACUAGAAGGGAAGGCAGGACCCUACUUUUCCUCUCUGGACUCGAGCAUCGACAUCCUGAAGAAGAGGGCCCAGGAGCUGAUUGAAAACAUCAACGAGAGCAGGCAGAAGGACCAUGCACUCAUGACCAACUUCAGGGACAGCCUCAAGAUCAAGGUUUCAGACCUGACAGAGAAGCUAGAAGAGAGGAUGUAUCAGAUUUACAACCACCACAACAAGAUCAUUCAGGAAAAGCUCCAAGAGUUCACCCAGAAGAUGGCGAAGAUCAUCCAUUUGGAGACAGAGCUCAAGCACGUGUGCCACACCGUGGAGACGGUGUACAAGGACCUGUGCAUCCAGCCUGAGGCUACCACUGCGGAAGAAGAACAAACCCACAAAGAUGGCGAAUGCUGACAGCUGCUGGCAAAGCCCCGUCCUAGGCUCAGAGGCCACCAUUCAGGCCACGCCGAGAAAAUUGGUUUUCACAGUUCUGUAAUGCAUCUUGGCAAAAAAUAAAAUGAAAUAAAA